AUGCAAUCGCAAAGCGGUUCGGCCGUCGGUGGGCGAUAUCGGCUCGGUUGGAAGCUAUCGCAUGGCACUCGGAACAGUUGGGACGGCUUGGAUAGCUUGGAAGAGUUGCGACCGGGUUCGAGAGAGCAUCAACGAUGGGGGAACUGCGCAGCCAUAUCGCAGACACGGGGGAUGUCAGCUCGGGCAGGAAGAUACGAAACACGGCACGGGCGAGAAGGGAGGAUCUGGAUUAAUAAUGGAUCCAAGCGAGCGGAAGCCGACCCCCAAGAUACGUCGGAGUUCUGCCAUGGUGGUGGAGUCGAGCUACCCAGACUGAGCCAAGCCAACUGGCACGGCGGAGUUCACGAGUCGGACUCCGGGGCGGGUGGGGGGCCCGAUCCGAAGGCCAACAAGAUAGUCAACACUUCAACACUUGCUGUGUUGGCUGUAUCAGCGCUGCCCACGAUGAUGAAAGCGCCCAAGAUACAGGGAUCCGUCAAUAUGGGUCAGCCAGUGACUGCUCUCUUUCGCGCCCGGGAUCCAAGCAUCCCGCACCCCGAAUAA